AUGACAGUCCUACCCUGGCACGACCAAGCUCUAUUCGAGACAACGAGACGAGUUCUCGCCGAAGUAGUCAACGAAGGGCUAGUUGGUGCGAAGCUGGAAAUUACUGCGCCAGGUGGGGCAGGCACACUCUGCUUACUGAGUCCUCAGGAUGGCGCCUGGGUCAAGGUUGGGGUAAAGCCCGGCACCGUCAUUGAAAUGAAAGAGGAUCGCGUGAUUUCUGUCGUACGACCAGCCAGCUUGCAGCCGCCUGUAAUUGUUGGGGGAACUGGGAAUCAAGAGCUGGAUCCGGGCGCAAUAUUCGGCGUCCUCAGUGCCUCGUUCAGGGAUGUUGCCAAUGAGACGGUACUGGAGGCUAUUAUUCAAGAGCUGCGCAACUCAGCGAGGAACCAAGAAAAAUGGCUAGAAAUCAGCCAGGGACAACAGGUGUUGGGUUUGCGGGAUACAUCUGCGAAAUGGGAGCGGACGUUGAUAUAUGGCCACCCGAGCCACCCGUACCAUCGAUUAUGCUAUGCUCAAGAGCCCCUAAAGCCUGUCAGCCCUGGAGAUAUACCUGGGAUGCUCACACCGACUCUAGCGUUUGUCUCAGUUCCACGAGACAAUCUCCGUAUAACAGGUCCCUUUCAGCGAGAAUUGCAACCUCUACUAAAACGGCUGGACAUUCCACAAACAAGUAGUGAUCGAGUGAUCGUCCCUUGUCUCGCUCAGCAGCUGCCCUCUGUCCACCAGAGGUUCCCUGAUGCUGUCGUUCUGAAACUUACCGCCGACUGCGCCGAUGCCCAGGCAUCUAUGCGGACUCUCACUAUGCGACCAGAACUAGAAUUUGACUACCACCUGAAGCUCUCAUUGGCUUGUCAGAUCACUUCCGCUCUCCGAACCAUCACACCUUGGACAACUUGUGGUGGCCCAGUUCAAACGGCACUCUUGGAGAAAUUUCUUCCAGAGGACCUCUGGGUAUUCAGAGAGAUGGCAGCUGUCUCGGGGAGUCAAGAAGAUUUCAACGACGCGCGCCACCUCUCUUGUAUCCUACGAGAUAGCCUUGACAGUAGAGCGCAAGCAAAUGAUGAAGUCCUUAUCCUUGCUGCAGCAUUGGGCCAGAAGCCCUAUGGCGAGAGUCGUACAUAUGCGGAGAUUUUGUACAACCUGGAGACGGUCUCCCAGAAGAAGGAGUGGCUCCAAAGAUACGUUACAGUACUGUUUAGCCUUGUUCUCCCUCCAUUGGUUCAGUAUGGAAUCGGACUGGAAGGCCACGGGCAGAACCUAGUGGCUCGUGUCUGCCGCCAGACGGGCCAAAUCAAAGGAUUCGCUGUCCGUGACUUUGGAGGUGUCAGAAUGCAUGUCCCAACAUUGAAAAAUCAUGGUGUGAAAUUCGACACAUUGCCACCUGGAGGAGCGACUUUGACGGAUAAUUUACAAAAUGUCUGGAGCAAGGUGCAUCAUUCACUCCUCCAGAAUCACGUCGGGUUUCUCCUUGAAGCUCUGGGAUUGGAAAACCAUGGCGGAUGGGCAAUCAUCCUAGAAACAUUAUCGACAGUUUUGGGGCACGGCCAAGACUCACCUGGAGCAGAGUUACUGGAGUAUUUCACUAAGAAUACAAUGCCAUUCAAGUGCUUCCUGAGAAUGAGGAUGGAGAGCAAAUAUCGCGAUUACAUCGAGCGGGAAGUGCCGAAUGUGCUCCUGAUGGACUCUCCGCGGUGGAAAUCUAUAUUACAUACUUAUCAGCCCUCGUUGCACGCCACUUAG